AUGUUCAAAUUUCUUCUUAGGCCCUCGUUAUUGUUUUCCAAAAGAACAACCAAACUUAAGAAUUUGAUAUAAUCAAAAGAUUUAGAGUUUAUAAUGGAAGCUCAUAAUGGACUUUCAGCUCUUAUUGUAUAAGAAGCCGGUUUUAAAGGCAUAUGGGCUUCUGGAUUAUCAAUGUCAGCUGGACUGGGAGUUAGAGAUUGUAAUGAAGCUUCGUGGACUUAAUUGUUGGAAGUAUUAGAGUUCAUGGCUGAAAGAACUACUAUUCCAAUAUUAAUGGAUGGAGAUACCGGCUUUGGAAAUUACAAUAAUGCAAGAAGAUUAGUGAGAAAAUUGGAAGAGAGAGGAAUUGCUGGAGUUUGUUUUGAAGAUAAGAUCUUCCCUAAAAGAAACUCUUUAGGAGAUGGGGCCUAAGAAUUGGCAAACAUUUAGGAAUUUUCGAAUAAGAUCAAGGCAUGCAAGGACUUUUAGAGAGAUAAAGACUUUUAAAUAGUGGCUAGAUGUGAAUCCUUUAUUGCUGGAUGGGGAUUAGAAAACGCAUUGGAGAGAUGUGAAGCUUAUAGAAAGGCAGGAGUGGAUGCCGUGUUGAUUCACAGUAAGUAAAGUGAUUUCACAGAAAUUGAGUCAUUUGUUAAGGUAUGGAAUAAUAGAUUACCAGUUGUAAUAGUUCCUACUAAUUAUUACAAAACUCCAACAGAGGAGUUUAGAAAACAUAAUAUAAGUUUAGCAAUUUGGGCGAAUCAUAAUUUAAGAGCAAGUCUUAAAGCGAUGCAAGACACAAGUAAACAAAUAUUUGAAAGAUAAAAUUUAAUCGGAUUAGAUAACAUAGCCAGUGUUAAAGAAGUUUUUAGAUUGUAGAAUGAAGAAGGAUUAGAAAAGGAUGACAAGAAAUACUUAUGAAUAGUAAUUUACAUAAAUGUUC